AUGUGUACGCCAGUAAACACAAUAAAUUUUACAGUCAAUGGUGAAAAAUAUUCAGUGGGAGGUGAGGUGAGUUCAUGUACGACGUUACUGGAUUAUCUCCGAAGAUAUCUUGAGUUACGCGGUACUAAAUACAUGUGUUUGGAGGGAGGAUGUGGUGCCUGUAUUGUCAAUGUUACUAAGAAACCGGGUGAACCUUCGCAGAGUGUUAAUUCGUGUAUGGUUCUUAUAACAUCAUGCGCCGAUUGGGAUAUUAACACAAUAGAGAAAGUAGGUAAUCGAAAAGAUGGUUAUCAUGUACUGCAAAAAGCCCUUGCAGAUAAUAAUGGAACACAGUGUGGAUACUGCAGUCCAGGAUGGAUAAUGGCUAUGUACAGUAUAUUAAAAAACAGAAGACCUACUAUGCUUCAAGUAGAACAAUCCUUCGGUAGCAACAUUUGCAGAUGCACAGGAUAUAGGCCAAUAUUGGAAACUUUUAAGCGAUUUUCAUCAGAUUCUGAUAAUCCAAUCAACAUUUUGGAUAUUGAAGACUUGAAAUUAGAAACAUGUUCCUCUAGUGGAUCAAUUUGUUCUCAACGUCGUUGCGACGAGUUUGAAUGGUGUAUGGUGUCAAAAAACCAUAUAUAUAAUGAUAUUCUGCAUAUUAAGUUAAAAGAUAACAGGGAUUGGUAUAACGCAGAAGAUACGGAUGACGUUUUUGCUAUAUGGAAUAAAAAAGGAACAGAUUCAUAUAUGUUGAUAGCCGGUAACACGGGAAAAGGUGUUUACCCAAUACUUGAGUAUCCAAAAGUACUUAUAAAUAUUAAUGAAAUAACUGAAUUGAGAAAAUACUAUUUAGACCAGAAUUUAGUGAUCGGGAGUUCAACGACCCUUACCGAAUUUAUGAAUAUAAUGGAAGUGGAAUCUAGCACUGAAAAUUUUUCGUACCUUAAGAUUCUAUACGACCAUUUAAAAUCAGUAGCCAACAUUAGUAUAAGAAAUAUAAUGCCACGAUCACAAAAUGCACAUGCUUUUAUAAAUGCUGGAUUUCUGUACAAACUGAACAAAACUGAAACAGUGAUUGAAUGUAGGAUCGUUUAUGGAGGGCUCUCACCGACGUACAACAGGUCAAUAAGAACUGAGAAAUAUAUGAUUGGUAAAGAACCAUUUAAAAAUGAUACUUUGCAAGGCGCUUUGGCUAUACUGAGUAAUGAAAUUGAGGUGACAGAAAAUUUACCGAUGCCACCGGCAGCGUAUCGACGUCAAACAGCUUUGGCUUUAUUUUAUAAGGGUCUCUUAUCAUUGUGUCCACCGAGUAAAUUACAUCCACGCUAUAUAUCCGGCGCUAUCAAGAUCCACGAAACUCGAAAAGUUUCAGAAGCUCAAUUCGUUUAUGAUACCGAUCCUUCGAUGUGGCCUUUGACCAAACCUAUAUCGAGACUUAAUGGAUUGGUUCAAUGUGCUGGCGAAACUAAGUAUGUAGAUGAUCUGCAGCAGCAACCGGGUGAAGUGUUUGCAGCUUUCGUGUUAUCUACUGUAGCCCUCGGAACUAUUGUUAAUAUAGACGCCAGCAAAGCUUUGAAGGAACCUGGAGUAAUAGCGUUUUAUAAGGCGUCCGAUAUCCCAGGAAGGAAUAGUUUUGUUCCAGCCGUCAAUGUUUUCAAUACGACAGAUGAAGAAUUUUUAUGUAAUGGAGAAGUAAAAUAUUACAAUCAACCCCUUGGAAUUAUCGUCGCGACCUCACAGUGUAUAGCAGAGAAGGCUGUUACUUUAGUUUCUGUUACUUACAAAAAUAUGAAGAAACCUGUCAUUGAUGUUGGCGUAGCGAAACGUGAACCAGCUAGAGUAACUUCAUUUAGAACUCAAGAAGCCACCACUAAAGGAAAUGAUGUUUCAAAAUUAAUAAAGGGAGAACAAUCUAUUUACACCCAGUAUCAUUUUUCAAUAGAAACAUUGGUCUGUGUGACGCUCCCAACGGAAGAUGGUUUGAGUGUACACACUUCGACACAAUGGAUCGACUCGGUCCAUGUUGUCAUUUCAAGAGCACUAUUAAUAGAUCAAAACAGGAUAAAAGUUCAGGCCAGUCAUCUCGGAGGAUCCUAUGGCAUCAAAAUAUCUAGGAUUAAUCAAGUCGCUCUGGCUUGUAGUUUUGUAGCUUACAAACAAAACCGACCUUGUCGAUUUAUUCAAAAUCUAAAUACAAAUAUGCGAGCAGUGGGAAAAAGAUUACCGUGCUCAACUACUUUCGAAGCCGGCGUAAGCAAGAAUGGUGUCAUACAAUAUGUUGAUUAUAAUUUUUACAGCGAUAAUGGAUAUAUUAUUAACGAGCCUUUGAUUAUGCUGGGAACCGGAAUAUUCAAUAAUGUAUAUAAACUUGAUAGUUGGACCUACAAGGCUAGUAACGUGGUCACUGAUACGCCAUCAAACACAUGGUGUCGAUCUCCAGGUUCUUUGGAACAUAUCGCUAUGGCUGAACAUUUAAUAGAAAGAAUAUCAUAUGAGAUGAAUUUAAAUCCUCUCGAUGUUCGUAUGGCUAACAUCGAUAGAAAUAAACACGGUGACAUCGUAGAUAUGAUUGAUAAUAUUAAGGACAAAUCACAAUAUGAAGUCAGGAAGAUAGAAAUUUCGACUUUUAAUUCACAAAAUAGAUGGAAAAAGAGGGGUCUGGGUUUGUCUCUUCUAAGAUGGGAAACGGUUGGAUCUCAAUACCUUGAAGUCAACAUGUGCGCUUACAGUGAUGAUGGUACAGUUGCUUUUUCACACGGAGGUAUAGAAAUGGGUCAAGGAAUUAAUACAAAGGCCGCCCAAGUAUGUGCAUACUUUUUAAAUAUAUCAGUUGAAAAGGUUAGAGUUCAACCAAACGACUCUUUUGUGUCACCGAACUGUUUUGCUUCUGGAGGCAGUUUUACAUCAGAAAAUAUAGUAAUAGGUAUUCGAAAAUGUUGUGACCAAUUACUAGAACGAUUGGAACCGAUCAGAAAUCAAAUGGUGAACCCAACAUGGGAACAAUUAAUAAAAAAAGCUCAUCAAAUGGACGUUGACUUACAAGUACAUGCUAUAGUUACAAAGAAAGAUAUUAAAACAUACACAUUAUACGGGGUUACAUUAGCUGAAGUUGAAAUAGAUGUUUUAACUGGUGAAUGGGAGAUUAAAAGAGUUGAUUUGUGUGAAGAUGUGGGUAGAAGUGUAAAUCCAGAAUUAGAUAGAGGGCAGGUAGAAGGUGCGUUUACGUUAGGUGUUGGGUACAAUACUUGUGAACAAAUCCUAAAUGACCCUAACACAGGUGAAGUUCUAACCAACCGCACUUGGAAUUAUUGGGUUCCUUGUGCCACCGACAUUCCCCAAGAUAUGAGAAUAUAUUUUAGAAAACGAUCAUUUAGUUACGAAACUAUCCUUGGAUCUAAGGCGACUGGCGAACCGGCAACGUGUAUGGGUGUUGCUGUACCGUUUGCGAUGAGGGCUGCUGUUGUAGCAUCUCGUCAAGAUUCAGGAAAACCUUACAACGAGUGGUUUCAAAUAGGUAACCAAAAUAACUACUUUUGUUACUCCUAUAGCUCUAAUCAGCAACGUUAUGUGAAAUUACUGUAUAAGGUGGAUAAGUAA